AUGGAUUCCCCAGUCUCAUCCCAGGACAACGACAUCGAAGUAAACGUCGUAUCUGGAGCCAGCAGUCCUGACAUCCCUUCCUCACCUUCUAGAAGAGACCAGAAGAGCCCCUUCUAUGAUUUGAAGAAGGAUAAAGAAGAGAAGGCCACGGGCAGUGCUCCUUACACGAGUUUUUCUAUCAGUUCCAUUCUUAACCGGACUGAGCCGAGAAGGGAGUCGAAUGUUCUGGAAGCUGCGUUAGCUGCUAAUCAUUUCGGGAGUGCCAAUGAUGCUAUGUUAUCGAGGCUCGGUCUUAUUUCUCAGUGGAGUGCGCUGGCUGGUCGGUAUGGGGGACUCGUACCCGCGCCCUGGUACUGGCAGAGGCCUCAUGAACGGACUCCACCAAGAGAAGACUCCAUAAACAAUGAGGAAGGCUCAGCUGGCGGGUCUCCUCGACCUCGCAGUCCUCCAAGAGCACCAUCUCCUCCCUCCCCCUCGAGAUCCUCACCCCGUUCACCCCGGCUCCAUCCCGCACUCUACCCCCAACAGCAAGAUGUCCAGGACUCGGACCCUGAUGUCGAUGAAAGUGAUGACUUCGACAAAGACGAGAAACGAGACCCCACAUCCAGUCUUGGAAAAAGAAAGAAAAAGACAAGAACCGUCUUCUCACGCUCCCAAGUAUUCCAACUAGAAUCUACCUUCGACAUGAAACGUUACCUGAGCAGUUCUGAACGAGCCGGUCUAGCGGCUAGUCUCCAUCUCACGGAAACCCAAGUCAAGAUCUGGUUCCAGAACCGUAGGAACAAGUGGAAGAGGCAAUUGGCUGCUGAGCUAGAAGCUGCCAAUAUGGCGCAUGCAGCUCAAAGAUUGGUUCGCGUUCCGAUUUUAUACCACGAGUCAAGACCGACGUCUAUGCCUCACACGCCCCUGCCGAUACAUCCGCAGUUUUCUAACGAAACCGGCGUCUACUUCCCCCCUCAAGCGCCGCAGCAGCUACAGCAGCUCCCAGCGUCCCCAGUUACGUCUAGAGCGCCGCUGUCCAGUCUAGUGUAG